UCCAACACCACCCUCUUCUCCUCGCGUCGAAUCUCUUCAUACGAACCCCAAUAAAUCUUCUCUCCCAAUGGCCCUGGUGAAAGGAGAAUGGCACAAGUUGCCCCUAGCUCUCAGCGAGCUUUCCCUAUCCUCCGUGCUUCGUUGCGGACAAUCCUUCAGAUGGAAAGCUUCCAAUCCUGGCGAAUGGACUUGCGCGCUGAACGGCCGAAUCUUGACGCUUCGACAGGACGACUCGCAUUUGCACUACCGCGCUAUAUUCCCAGCGACCACUACGGCUCCUCAAAACGAUGAUACGGUGGAGCUCAUCCGCGACUACUUCAACCUAGACGUCAACCUCACAAAGCUCUACGAAAGAUGGAGCGCUGCGGACGCGCACUUCCUCAAGAAGGCUGUGCGCUUCGCGGGCAUACGCAUGCUGCGACAGGAUCCGUGGGAGAACUUGGUGAGCUUCAUUUGCUCGUCCAACAAUAAUAUCUCGAGGAUUUCGCAGAUGGUGGACAAACUAUGUGCGACUUUUGGCCCCAAGCUGGGUCAAGUUGAUGGACACACUUACCAUGACUUCCCGUCACCAGGGGCAUUAAUGGGCGAUGGGACAGAGCAGACGUUGAGGGAAUUGGGAUUUGGCUAUCGGGCAAAGUAUAUAUCUACCACUGCGAGGAUAAUAGCUCAAGAGCGGCUGGCGGGGUGGUUGGAUGGGUUGAGGAAGGUUGGUUAUAGAGAUGCACACGAGGCCUUACUCGGGCUCUCAGGGGUGGGGCCGAAGGUUGCGGAUUGCGUUUGCUUGAUGAGUUUGGACAAGGCUGAGGCUGUGCCUGUUGAUACUCAUGUCUGGCAGAUCGCGCAGAGAGAUUACGGCUUCGGUCGUGGGAAGCAUAAGAGUUUGACUAAAGCUACUUACGAAGCUAUUGGAGACCACUUCCGCAAGUUGUGGGGACAGGAAGCUGGCUGGGCACAUUCGGUACUCUUCACCGCGGAUUUGAAGGCCUUUGCAGAUGUCAAAGCAGAGGGGGUGAAGACUGAGGAAGCUCAGGUCGAGAAAAUCACUACCAAGAGAACAGCUGGGAAGGUGAAAGCCGAAAACAUCAAAGAGGAACUCGAGGACGGAGAAGGGGUAAAACUCGACCCGGCAUCGGUGGACAACAAGGAAGAUGGCGAUAAACGAGAAACGGUGACCGAGCAGAAGGUGGUUAGAAAAGUAAAGAGGAGUCUAAAGUUGGAGGUGAGGGAGGGGGAGGAUGAAAGCGUGUCUCUGGAGCUGGAAUGCGUGACCACCCUCGCCGAUAGGGUGAAGCGACGACGUAGGCGUUAGAUGAUCAACUUACUGUGUGGGCUGAUCGUGGGCAAGAGUGAGACAGGCAGAUUUUCCUAAUUUAGGAACCGGCCAACGAUCGUUUACUUGGUGAUAGAGAGUCUGUUCCAAUUAGAGGGGUUCAUCUGUUGAUGGCCAAUGGACGGGUGCGAUAUAUUCCGUAUAUUACUAGUUGUAAGAGGGGAUGUGGUUGUGGGAAUGCUAUCCCGGGAAAAUACCAUCCCAUGUAUCAUAAUUAGCACAAGCACUGUAGAGUACAGUACA